CACAAUAAGAGAUUAUAGCAAAGCAUCUAUAAUCAACUCAGCUUAAGAAGUUUUGACCUUCUGGUUAGGCUUCUUGCCACAACAGAACAGCACCAUACCAUGGCCUUCUUCUCCCAACUGGAUCUCCAGGAGGGCCUCCAAACCUUCUUUGUUUUGCAAUGGAUCCCAGUCUAUAUAUUUUUAGGAGCUAUUCCCAUUCUCCUUAUACCCUACUUUCUGCUGUUCAGUAAGUUCUGGUCCUUGGCUGUGCUCUCCUUAGCCUGGCUCGCCUGUGAUUGGAACACCCACAGUCUAGAUGGCAGGCGUUCAGCUUGGGUACGAAACUGGACCCUAUGGAAGUAUUUCCGAAAUUACUUCCCAGUAAAGCUGGUGAAGACUCAUGAUCUUUCUCCCAAACACAACUACAUCAUUGCCAAUCACCCCCAUGGCGUUCUCUCUUUUGGUGUCUUCAUCAACUUUGCCACUGAGGCCACUGGCAUUGCUCAGAUUUUCCCAUCCAUCACUCCCUUUGUAGGGACCUUAGAAUGGAUAUUUUGGAUCCCAAUUGUGCGAGAAUAUGUGACGUCAAUGGGUGUGUGCCCUGUGAGUAGCUCAGCCUUGAAGUACUUGCUGACCCAGAAACGCUCAGGCAAUGCCGUGGUUAUUGUGGUGGGUGGAGCUGCUGAAGCUCUCUUGUGCCGGCCAGGAGCCUCCACUCUCUUCCUCAAGCAGCGUAAAGGUUUUGUGAAGAUGGCACUGAAAACAGGGGCAUACCUUGUCCCUUCAUAUUCCUUUGGUGAGAACGAAGUUUUCAAUCAGGAGACCUUCCCUGAGGGCACGUGGUUAAGGUUGUUCCAAAAAACCUUCCAGGACACAUUCAAAAAAAUCCUGGGACUAAAUUUCUGUACCUUCCAUGGCCGGGGCUUCACUCGCGGAUCCUGGGGCUUCCUGCCUUUCAAUCGGCCCAUUACCACUGUUGUUGGGGAACCCCUUCCAAUUCCCAGGAUUAAGAGGCCAAACCAGAAGACAAUAGACAAGUAUCACGCACUCUACACCAGUGCCCUGCGCAAGCUCUUUGACCAACACAAAGUUGAAUAUGGCCUCCCUGAGACCCAAGAGCUGACAAUUAUAUAACAGGAGCCACAUUCCCCAUUAUUCAACCCCCAAAGCCGUGAGGGAUCCAAGUAGAGCCACAGAAAAAGAAGAAUUCCAGGAGAGGGAAAGAUGAGAGAGGAGACCAUCCAAGCCAGAAAUUAUUUAAUAAAUCAGAGUUCUAGCAAUAGAGUCCUCUCCCAAGUGGCUGAGGCAGGCUUAGGGGAAAGAACCAGAGGGGCAGGGGAGAACUGGGGAGGGCUGGCUAGCCAGAGGAGUUGGCUGUAUCACCCCUGGUUAUUCUAGGGCAACAACCCAGUUGGGGAGUCUUAUGAAUCACUCCAGCCAACUCUCUGAUCACAAAGAAUACUGUGGCCCUUUCUCCUAAACCUUAGUUCACCAUCACUAUGUAGGUUUAGACUUAGAAGCUUUAUUUGGAACAGGGAUAGUUUGUUUCCUCUGGGUCCUUUCCUUACAACUUGGGAACUGCUACAAGGUAAACCAGGGACCUGAACUGUAGCUGCCUGGUCCAAGCAGACAGGAUUCCCUCAGUUGUGACAGAGUUCUAGACUGGCAAUGCAGUUACAUGGUUUCUUCUUUGAAAAUAAAGUUCUAGACAUAUAAAACAGGA